AUGAAAGAGAACAGUAAUGUUAAAAGCAAAAGGAAAUGCUUCAUGCGUCUUUUUUCUUAUUCUAAGGAAGCUAAGCACAUGCUCAUCAGAGACAUUGCAGCAGGUAACCAUUCUGGUUUUGGCCAGGCACAUUCCGUCAGUGUUUCAGAAUUAAAGUUGCUGGACCAACACAUACCUUAUUUAGAUUCAUCUUUAGCUGCAGAUAUUGAAAUAUAUAAUAACAGAAUUUGCUGUGUACAGGUAGGUGAAAGCAAGAAAGAAGCGUUAGGAGAAGCAUGUGAUGGUACAUGCUUUAAUUGUGGGGUGUCUGAUGAUUGCAAAAGCCAUUUAGGUGAAGGUACACAGUUUGAAUAUCUCAGUGCUCACGAGCAAGAUUUUGAAGACAGAAAUAGCUCCAGUACCCUUUCUGAGCAAAGGAAAACUAUGGAAAUUGAAACCUCAAACAGGAGAGAGAGAGUACUUGAAGUUCCAGGGAGUGCAGUGGCAAAGGAACAAAAUCUUGUUGAUAUGUCAGAAGAUUGUUCUCUUGCUUCUGAGAAUGGUGUAGGUGACUGGACCUGCCUGGAAUCUGCUAUGCCAGAGCUUCCCCACCUGCUUCAGGACUCUGUGUAUCUGCAAGAUUGCAAUGGCUCAGUUUUUGAUGAUGAAGAGCAGACAGAGUAUCAUAGUAUUGAGUGUGGAAGCAUGCUUGAAAGUCAUUCUUGUGUGCGUAAAGAAAGGGUCUGUCCAAACAUGUUUUUAUGUGACAGGUUAGGAAACAAAGAGGUGAAAGAUUUCUCAGUGAUUGAUAGUACACUGCCACCCGAAACAGCUACAAGAGAAGAAGUGUGUGAAAACAGUGACAGACACACACAGCAUCUCAGCAAAGCAAGACAAUCCUUUACUGUCAGCAGUGGACAGGGCCCCUGCAGAGCUGUGCCAUUUUGCAAACAUGCAGAGCACUCAUUUUUCUACAGUUGUGAAGAAUCUGGUGUGUGCCUCUGUGGUGCCAUCUGUAGUGAGUGCACUGCAAAGGAUGCUGACUCCCAGUUUCCAGUCUCAGCAGCUGUCACUGAUGAGAAUCCCUUUUUUGAGGUGGAAGUUGCAGAUAAAUCCUCCCAUGGAAAUACCAGCUGUCUGAACUCAGAGCAUCAUGAAAACUUGGAAAAUAUUCUCAGUGACUCUACGAUUAACCAGGCUGUUGAUGUGAGUUCUGAUUUUAGAGCUUGUUUUACAACAAGCAGAAGUACCAGUGCUCACGUUUGUGUCUCGUCCAGGGCUAUCAAUACAGAGAUUAAAUUGAUGAACAAAUCUCAAGCCAUGAGAUGGUUUUGUGAAACCUGUGCAGACGUUGCUUGUAAUCCAGAUGGGUCUUGUGGAGCCAGUAGUACAGAGGAAAUUCUGUCACAAUUUAAUGACAGAAUGGAAAAACACUCAGAUGGCAAUACUGCAACAGCUGAAAGAAGAUCACAAAUUCAGGAACAGCAGGAAUCAAACAAUGAGCUUUGUAGCAGUGAUAUAAACACUGACAGGCAGAUACAUGUUGACAAAGAAGCUGUGAAGAAUUUUGCAUCAAGUUGCUGUCAAAAAAUACUGCAGAGAGCAAUUGAAGCAGAACUGCAGAUUCUGAACACUCAUUAUCAGAUGUGCUAUCAGCACUGCUUGAAGAUUUGCAAGCCAGCUUUGGAGGAAAACACGUUUUUUAUCAGGCAAAAUGUAAAUACUGAGUUGGAUUCAUCUCUCAUGUUGGUUUUGGAAGAGCUAAAGAAGAAAUACAUCAGUAUGAGAAGAAAAAUAAAAAUGGGCGUACCUUUAGAUGCACUUCCACCGCUAUCAGUUGAGAUGAACUUGUUCCCAGUCUCUUUUACUUAUGUCCCCUCCAAGUUAUUCAGAAAGGAGCUUUGCCAUGACUCUGUUUCAGGCACAAGUGAGGCUCGCGUCAAAGCACCAGAACUGCAAGGAAAGAAAAUAUCUGUCAACAUGGACAGUCCCCGGGUUAUAUGUGUAACUGAAGGUGGUCAGCCAGGUGAUUCUAUUUUCUCAAAGACUUUUAAAGAACAUUGUAAAGAGGAGAAUGUGGAACAUGGCUGUGUGAAAAAUGAAGAAGGGAAUGAAGAUUGGUUUGAUGCUAAAGAGGAAUUGUCUGUAGCAGCUUUUUCUGUUGUAUCUGAAGAAACAAAAAAACAACAAAAACAAGACACAGUUGAUUUAGGAGAAGCAAAGAUAAUGGAGAGUGGAAGUGCAUGUUCUUUCGUUCGUGUUGGUGGCCUAAGUGCCUCAGUGUCAGAGGAUGACUUAAGAUCACAUUUCCAGAAGUAUCAGAUUUCUGACACUGUUAUCUCUGUGAAUUCUAGUAACUGCAGACAUGUGUUUCUUUCCUUUAAAGACACUAAUAAGGCCAAGUUAGCUGUGGAGGAAAUGAAUCACAAAAAAAUAAAAGGAAAACCAUUAAGUGUUGAACUUGUAAAUAUUUCAUUGGAGAAUAAACACUUUGUUCCCCAAGUUCUUGCAAAUAAGCUUUGGCAUGAAAUCCAAACUGUUGAUAACAGUCAAAGAAAUUAUCAAAGUAAAACACUUGCUUCAGCCUCCAAGUCUGUGAAAGGACCCGAUGCCACCUUUGCUUCUGAGAAAACACAUCUCCUUCCCAUAACUUCUUCAGAAAUUUCUUGCUUUACUCAAGUACCAUCAGAUACAAAGUGCCCUGAUUGGAAAUCCUUUACUGAGGAUAAGCAAAUUCACUUUUUGCUUAUUUUGAUGCAAUUCUAGCAUACUGGAGAAAAUUCCUUGCAGAAAACAUCUGUUCCUUUAUCCACAAAUUCACAUGAUGCCUUUAUUCCACCUAAUAUGUUGAACUUGAGCAACUUUACCAAAUUAAUGAAGAAACUUCAGAAACUUCAUCCAGAGGCUAGCAGAGACAGAAUUGUGGAUGCUCUGCUGGAGGUGAGGAAAAACAACAAAGGUAUCCUAAGUGGCUUGUCCAUCAGCUCCAUUAUGGAGAGAACAUCUGUCAUUCUAAGGAAAUCGACCCCCAGUUGA